CCGGAAACCCAAAGUUCAGCUAAUCCUGAGAUUAGCUGCUAGCCGCAACAUGUUUACUUUGGUGAUGGGAGAGGGGGGGAGAAGUCAACAACUACAAAUCUCGGAAAACUAUUGACAUUGUUUUUACCAGUGUUGGAUGAGCACUCCACCCUUCUUAAUACUGUGAAACUGAUCAAGUUGUGUGUGUGUGUGUGUGUGUGUGUGUGUGUGUGUUUUAAGAACAUUGUUAAAUUGCCAUUUUGCCUGGCAUCAUCUCCAGAAGCCCCUAAUUUCACAUAACUAGUGUCUGGUGACCUUAGGGCAAAUGGUUAGGAGAAACUCAUUCUAAUGCUCCUUCACACAUCUAGCUGAUUAUUCUGCACAGAAGGAAGUGGUGAGUAAAUCUAUUCACCUCCUGUGCUGAAUCAUGAUCUGGGGCCAAGUACAUCGCUCCCUGUUUGAGUACUGGAUGACUUACAAGUGAAUGUGGCCACCAUUGAAGAGUACAGAGAUGUGAGUUGUCUGCAGUGUUUGAUCUGCAGCGGCUAUUUCACACGUGCAAUUCAUCCCUUGAUGUUGGAGUCACUGAGUGAUGAGCAUGUACGUGAGGCUUCAGCUCCAAAACCAAAACAUUAAACUACUGCUUCAUUAUAUCGCGCUGUAGAAUGUACAAUUACAUACCCUCCAACAUUUCUCCAAUGAAAAUAGGGACGUCCUAUUCCAUGAUGAUGAUUUUAUUUAUAUCCCACCCAUCUGACUGGGUUGCCACCCUGCACUCAGCUCUCACCUGUAGAUCCCAGAAGCUGUCAGCAUGGGGCAGCAGCCACACCCCAGGAACGGCUUUGACUGGCUGCCUAAACCAGGUGAGGGUAGCUGGUGGGUCUCAAACCCUCAGUGAGUAAGGGUCUUCCCCUGCAUGGGAAGAUAGGUUCUAGCAGAUUGAGCAGAUGUGGCCAAUAGUGGCUCCAAUGGUCAAGAAGGUGGUUUCUGCAUUAUAGAAGGAAGUGAGGGGCAGAUGAGGCUCAUCAGUGUGGGAAGAUAGCCUAUCUAGGAGAAGGAAAACUCUGAUCCUAAACCUCCACUGCCUUGUGCGAUAUCUUCGGAAAAAGAAAAAGCUAAGGAGUAAACCCUACACAAUUCCAGAAUAGAUCCCUAAUGUGGUUGGAAUGCACCUCCUUCCAGCAACUCCUGCAGGCAAGUUGGUGCCAAACGGAUUGCUCUAAUUUCCUUUACACCACAUCAUUGAGGUUGAGAGUUGGGUCUUCUUGUCUGGGCAGCCCAGGACCUCCAUUCACACUGUCCAGGCUUGUGCCAAGGGGAGGUCACUUCAGUGCUGCAAACGCAGCCGUUUGACGCUCAAUACAGAUAGAUGCCAACAGUACACGAAGGAGGAAAGGGAGAGUGACAAGAAUGGUUAAAAAAAUUCCAGCAAUAUUGUUCCAGAGAUAGUUUCACCAUGCAAAACAAAAGCAAGUAAACUUGAGCCUCAGCUGAGGUUAUUUUGGUAUAUAUGCUACAAGCGUUGGCGUAAACAACAAAUGCUCCAAGCUUUCAAAGAGUAGAAUUCCAAGUAUAUGUUAAUUAGUCUGCAAUUGCUACCCAAGAUGAUGCUAGGCACACACAAUUUUGCAUUACAGAGAAGUCCCAGUGAUUUCCUUGGAACUUGGUGUUUUCCCCCCAUACAACUACACAUAAGGCCAGCUAGACAGAGCCAAAGAACUCAUACACACAUGAGUUUCAAGCACUUUCCAGAAUUAAUACAUAAAUUAUUGUUUGUAUUAUUUGUUUGUUUGUUUGUUUGUUUGUUUAAUUUGUAUACCAUCCUUCCUCCAAGGAUCACACGGCAGGUUACAGUUUAUAAAAAUACCAACGUACAUAACAUAAGAACAAACAAAGCAAUAACACCCUCCACACACACAGUUUACACGGCCAUAGAUUGUUUAAUUUGCCAAAUGCCUGAGAGAAGAAGAAUGUUUUUGCCUGGCACCUAAAGAUAGGUAACGAAGGCACCAGGCGAGUCUACCUGGGGAGAGCAUUCCACAAAUGGGGAGCCACUUCAGAAAAGGCCUGUUGACACCCUCCGGACCUCUCGCGGAGGAGGCACACAAAGAAGGGCCUCAGAUGACGAUCACAGGGUCUGAGUCUGUUUGCGUAGGGAGAGGUGGUCCUUGAGAUACUGCGGUCACAUGGUGUAAUUGAAAGUCACUCCUUUGAAAGUCAUUAAGUCUUAGGGCCCUCCAGCCAGCUGGUUGUGUGUGUCCUGUUGGUGAUUGUGUGUAUCUGACUGAGUACAGUAGCCACAGGUUCAAAUUGAGCGGGCAGACAGCAUCUUUUCCCUUGAUAUGUCCUCACAUAAAAAUGACUGUUCAGGUAGCCUUUACUGUAAUGCACAGCUUGGGACUGAGAUCAUCAAUAUUCUAAAGCAGACAUACUUUCUACUUCUUCUGAAGCAGCAGAUGACAUCCAGCAGGCAAAAAGAACAUGUUGCCCUCCAAAAGCUGAUGGACUCCAGCUUCCAUUAAUCCCUCCCAGACAGCGUGACUAGUGACCAGGGAUGGUAAGAAUUUCAGUUCACAGCAUCUUGAGGCCACAGGUUCACCACCUGUGCUCCUACAGACUGCUGAAUUGUCAAGUUUUACAAUGCAAAACGGAUUGUUUUUCUCUCCCUCUCAUAUCCCGUGGUCUCCAGGAGGUCCUGUUAUGUCACCGCAGUGGAAUGCUGAAGAAUGCCAACAACAAUCCAAAACCCUUUGAAAAAUAUUUACAACUAACAAACAUAAAAUCAGGGCGAAAGUUUUGUAUGGCCAUUUAGCUGGGGACAAGAUGAGAGGUCGAAGAGUACAGUUCUCUAGACAAGUGUGUUGCUUCCCGGUUGUUUCGUUUACUUCCAUCCAAGGCUAUUUGUCUACGUGACAUAUUCUUUUGGCAGGUAACUUCCUUCACAAUUUAUGAUCGUGUGUGGCAGUAUAGUACAAAUUCACUAAAACAGAUUAAAAAACCCAGCAUUUAAAUAAGGUGGUGUGUGUGUGUGUGGUGUUUAUGACUGAGAGGACAAAAUGUUCAGCUGUUGGAUAUUUAUUAUAUGAAAUGUUAUGAGAAAGAAAAUAAAAUACUUCUUACCUGCUUUAUUCAGGUGCACCUAAAGAGAUAAAAGGAUGAAAACGGAUGCUUCCCCAACUGUUUUUGUUAAGAUAAAGGGGGUUAAUUAUUAAACUUUCUACUUCAUCAUUUCCUAGUUCUGCUGAUGCUUUAAUCCUGGGUCAUUUGAAGUUUAAGACUGCAUUACAGUCUUUUUUGUUUUUCCCUGAAGUUUCCAAGUCUGGAAGGAUGUUAGGGGGAUUGCUGCUUGCAUCUGCCUGGGUUGCUGUUGCAUAUCCUGAGUUUUGCAAACCAGGUAAGAUUCCAUUUUAUGUCUUAACCUUCAGUCGCUGUCGUUUUGACGAUCUGGCACAUUGAAAACCCAGGGCUGUAGUUCUAUGUAUACUUCGAAGUAAGCCUUAGAAGUGGGACUGAUUUCUGAAGAACCAUUUCUGAAUACGAAAUGAUACUGGGUUGUCUUGCAAUCGGGAGUGCCUUUAUUAGGGUUAAAAUAACUCUGAGAAUCCUGAUGGGGCAAUUCACAGAACCUUUCCAAUAAUAUCCUCUUUGUCACCAAUCGUUCAACACUGGUUGGCAGGUCUCUGAAAAAUAAUGACAAAUCUGUAUAAGUGGUCCAUGAUUUCUCCACAAUUUGUUGGUGUGUGGGUGGCAUUCAAAUGUACAGAUUUUCCUCUUUUACGUCUGAAUCCUAAGCAAAGUUAUCUGGAAAUCCCCGCCCCCCCCCCGACAUCAGUAGAACGUUCCAAGUACAGUAAUUGUAUUUGGGGGGGGGUCUCUAUUUCCUGAAAUACAUUCAGAACAUAUUUAUUUGAAAUAUCUCUGAACUGCCCUUCAUCACAUUGCGAUAUAAGGGUGGGGUAUUUUCAUAGCUGUCAACUUUUCCCUUUUCUUGCGAGGAAUCCUAUUCGGAAUAAGGGAAUUUCCCUUUAAAAAAGGAUGGGUUGACAGCUAUAGGUAUUUUUGCUCAACAUAACAGGGAUAAUAAUAUAAAUUAACACCAACCUAUAGAACUACAACAUAAAAAUACAAGGAGGAGAUAAAAUCAGAAUAUGAGCAAUAAUGAUAAUAACAAAGCUUCAUUGACUAAUUUAUACGUGCAUGAACGUACAUUUUACUUUAUCCCUUUCCUUUGUAACAGGUGCAGAGAAUGCUUUCAAAGUGAGGAUUAGUAUCAAAAGAGCUCUAGGAGAUAAUGCAGUAAGUGAAAUAUUUACAUCCACUUUUUCUGGUGAAAGUUUUACAAGAGGCCAAUUAGUGUUAACUGUGUCGUAAAAGAGAUAUAAGCUUGCCUAUGAAAGUUAUGAAAUUAUCCAUCCAGUAAAUUUUCUGACAAAUUGUUUUCUUUCCUUCUUUGAGAUCUGAGCAACACUGCUUGAGGAGAUACAAUGCUUUUCAUCCAUUUUAAAAACAAACACACUUUCCACAGCAGACUUCCAGACUGUCAUUCUUUUCUAAACUAUUUCAAGUACUUACGCUUAGUAUGAAACACACAGUUUAUGAGGCUGUCAAACCCUACUUGAAUCUUUAUUUUGGUUGUCAGCUGCAUCAGUCGAGACUACUGAAGGAUUAAAUGAAUGUUAUCAAAUACUGUGGUCAUGUAACUCUCUCUUUUGGAGUAAGUGUAUUUUGUGUCAGCUUCUAGCUGCUUCAGACAUCUCUUCUACAGAAGGAAACAACGGCUUUUGUUCAGUUGCAUGUAUACCAUAUGGUGUCACUUGAAAGGAUAACCAGCUGUCUUCUGUAAGACAAACCUGUAUAUGAAGCCUCACCAGGACCUACCCCUCUACAAGCCCCAAUGCUUCUGAAUCUACCAAGGCAGCUCUGUCAGCUAUACCAGUUGUUUUUAUUAACAUUAACAACAUUAACAUUUAUAUACUGCCCUUCAUCCAAAGAUCUCAGGGAGGUUCACAAGAUAAAAAUACAUAAUAAGAAUAAGAAUGAUUUAUGAUUUAUACCCCGCCCAUCUGGCUGGGUUUCCGCAGCCACUCUGGGCGGCUCCCAACAGAACACCAAUAACAAUAAUAAAAAAGCAGCAACAUCAAACAUUUAAAACUUCCCUAAACAGGGCUGCCUUCAGAUGUCUUCUAAAAGUCAGAUACAGUGGACACUUGGGUUGCGAACAUGAUCCGUGCGGGAUUCACAUUCGCAACCCGCAGCGUUCACAACCUGCGUGUGCGCAUGCGCGGGUUGCGAUUCGGCGCUUCUGUGCAUGCGCAAAGAGCAAUUUAGCGCUUCUGCGCAUGCACGACUGCUGAAACCCGGAAGUAACCCGUUCCGGUACUUCCAGGUUUUGGUGGUCCGCAACCUGAAAAAACGCAACCUGAAGUGUCUGUAACCCGAGGUAUGACUGUAGUUGUUUAUUUCCUUGAAAUAAUUCCUUGAAAUUUCCCAGUUCCACAGGGUAGGCGCCACUACCAAGAAGGCCUUGUAGCUUCACUUCUUGCAGGGAGGGAAGCACCAGAAGGCCCUUGGUGCUGGAUCUCAGAAUAAAAGUACAAAUAAACAGAACAAGAACAAAACUAUAACCCCCCCCCCCCCACGAACACAUGUAAAAGGUUGUAGAAUAAUAGUUUAUAUGAGGAGAGGUGCUCCUUGAGGUAUUGUGGUCCUUAGUCAUUUAAGGCUUAAUAGGUCAAAACCAGCACUUUGAAUUGGGCCCAGAAACUAAUUGGCAACCAGGAUGAGUGUAAUAGGUUCAAAGCAUUUUCCCUCAGUGAGCAACCUGGCUGCUGAAUUCUGCUCCAGCUGAAGUUUCCGAUCUGUCUUCAGAGGCAGCCCUAUGUAUAAUGCAUUGCAGUAAUCCAGCCUAGAGGUUACCAGAGCAUAGACUGCCAAAGUUAGGCAUGGGCCGCAUGCCAAAGCUGAUGAAAGGCACAGCAAAGGACCCAGGAAUACCCCCAAGCGAUGUACCUGCUCCUUCAAAGGGAGUGUAACCCCAGCAAUAGCAGGCAACUUCCCAUCCAUCCAGUCUAGGGAACCACCCACUAACAGUGCCUCGGUCUUAUUAGAUUGAGUUUGUUUGGCUGUCAUCCAGUCCAUUGCUGGGGCAAGGCAAUGGUCCAUCACCUCCACUGCCUCACCUGCAGAUGUAAAGGAGAAGUAGAGCUGUGUGCCAUCAGCAUACCCCCCAACUCUGGAUGGCCCCACUCAGCAGUUUCAUGUAGAUGUUAAACAGCAUGGGGGAUAAAAUUGAGCCCUGAGGAACUCCACACUGAAGGCUCCAUGGGGCUUAAGAACACUCCCCAAGCAUCACCCUUUGGAAAUGACCAUCCAAAUAGGACCAGAACUACUGCAAAGUAGUGCCACCCAUCCCUAACUUAGACAGCUGCUCCAGAAGAAUACCAUGGUUGAUGGCAUUGAAAGCCACUAAGACAGGGUGGUCCAAAUUUUCAUACCAAGUGGGUUGCAAGAGUGCUGCCUUGUCAUGUGGGGGUAGGGAGUGAGGUCAAAAUUUGAUGCCCCCCCACCUAGAUUUAAAUACCUAGAACAGUGAUAUAAUCAUUGUGAAAUAUUUUAUUUGUGUUAUAUUGUAUUUAAGGAUGAGAAAUUCAUUAAAAUACCAAUUCACUAGAUGUGCAACCCUUUUGUAUGUCUAGUGAAUCAGCAUUCAUAGCUAUGGGUACAUUCGUCUACUGCACCUAACCUACUUUACUGGAACACAAAAGGAAUAUUUUGAAAUUCUAAGAAAUUACAAAUCAUUCUUCCUAACUAAAGAGACAAGGAAGAGAAUUUUUAACCGGGAUAAAAAAUUACAUUGGAUAUAAAGAUACAUUAAGUUCAAACUGCAUUUAAUUACAAAUGAACUAAUCUGAAUUAUUGCACAAUUAAAUGUGGAUGCUUUGAUGAUUUCUAGGUAACAUGUUCAAACAUAAAUCAUUUUUGCAUUCACUGUUUUGCUCUUUGUUGUUCUUUUCAUAGUAGAGAUUGGCAACUGGUGAUAUCCUGGCCAAAUCCAGACCCUUAACAGUUAUUGUCUGCUCCCUCUCCCCGCAGCCGUGGCCCAGUUUCCAUAUUAGAAGAAUAGAAUAGAAUAUGUAGCUGUGAUCACGGGAUUCAGGAUCAAACUACAUGUUCCACCUCUGCUGCAUGUCUUCAAACCAAGCCUGACUGCUUAUUCUUCUUUGCUAAGGACUUUGUAGGCCAAAAGGGCACUUGGAAUUGUGCCUGGAACAUAACCAUCAGCUCUUUAAACAGUUCUCAUGUACAAGUGACAGGCAACUGCUGGCUAAAGUUUCCAGAUUUUAUCUUUGUAAUAAGAGCAGCUUUUGAUAGGAAGGCCAGAUACAAACUUAACUAAUUUAACUAAUAAAUACACAGCACGUUGUAGUUACCUAGUCUGAGUUCCUCAUGAGCAUGUUAGCUGAAAAGCAAUAAAAUCUUCUCCCUCUGCCUCACUAUCCAUAACAGUGUGUGUGUGUGUUUUUUUUUACAGUAUACUUGGGAUGCUAAUGAAGAAUACCUAUUUAAAGCAAUGGUGGCUUUUGCCAUGAGAAGAUAUUUCAGCCAAGAAACCACCCAGUGAGUAUGCCUAAUUUUCCUGUCAGUCAGCCUUCCCCAACCUGGCGCCCUUGAGAUGCUUUGGAUUAAAACUCCCACCAGGCCCAGCCAGAUGCAGUUCAGAGAACCCACACUCCAGAAUGAUGCAGAGCACAAGACUUGAAACACAGAGCACUUGCUAAAGUAAUCUGGGAUAAAGCCCAAGGCCCUGCUGUUCCAAAAAAGGAGCCAGCAAUCCCAAGUGGUCCAGUCAACUAAACAUUCAGUUGAACAUGCCUAAAGUAACUGCUGGAUCCCAGCCCAGAAGGGGAAAGCUUGUUUAGUGGAAACUGGAAGAAGAAUAGCAGCAGCUCCUUUUGUAUUAUCUCUUUGUCAUCACUAUCUAGCUUGAAGGAGGCUCUCCGGCAUCAGAUAUUCUGAACAGGUUUACAUUUGUUUAUGAGCAUAUUUGCUUUUUGCUGGAGCAAGCCGAAACAGUCCCAAUGUAAAUGCAAAUUUUGCACAUCCAUAUCAAGAAAUAAUAACAUUUUGACAAACAGCUUUUCCCCCAGCGGUGAUUUAACCAUACUUUGUGUCUUACUUAACAGACCUGUCAAAUUAUUUGUGCAAUUCCUAAAGGACAACACACUAGGCGUUGAUCAUUCUAUGUUAAAACUUACUGACUGUAGCCUUUGUGAGGGGUUUGUUACUUCAGUUUCCGUAAUCUGUGACUUGUUUAAAAUGCUGAACAGAUGCUUAGUGUGUCAGGGAAGUUAAACUUUAGAACAGCCAAUAAGUAAGAACACUUACUUUCAUUCAGAUGAGUUAUGUUAAAUCCUUGAGUGCAACUGGGUUGAGUCCAGACCAGUACCAGAACUACAGAAUUUUCCAUAGGGGACAAAAGUCUGCCCUGUUGCCCCCUCUCACUGCAGGUUUGUGUCCCCCUGCUAACAUGAGAAGGAAGCCUUCAUUCUCUUCCUCCAUAGAGGUUGGAGUCGGCACCCACCAAUGUCGGGUGGCUGAAGACAUUUUGCUGCCUGAAGCAAAGGACAAGAUGGCACCUUCUCCCAAGAAGCCAAUUUGACUGGUAGUUGAAUCUUACUCUAAUACUGGUGAAAGGACAGUAUCUUCCACUGCACUUGAGGGUAUCAGGCUAGCAUAGGGAGGACAGGGCAAGUCACAUGGCAUUUGCAGUUCUGUCCCCUCCCUGCACCUCAGCAUCUGCCGCCUGAGGCAGCUGCUUCACUCUGCCUCAUUGUCAGGCUGCUCCUGUUUCUUCUCUUUGUCAGCCUCCCACCGCUGCCACCACCAAGAAAGGUCUUUCACCCCUACAUUGUGUGUGUGUGUGUGUGUGUGUGUGUGUGUGUGUGUGUGUGAGAGAGAGAGAGAGAGAGAGAGAGAGAGAGAAACCACCUCCAGUUGUGAUUUUAAUUCGUUUUAAGUUGUUUUAAUGCUGUAUUUUAUAGUAUACCAAUAAGUAGUAGCGGUGGUGGUGGUAAAUAUGCCUUAAUUUUUGUAUGUAUCAUGAUGGAUGACUCCACACUAAUUCCAUUGAUAAAACUAGCAGCAGAUGCAACUGAAAUACCAUAACAUGUUAUUAAAUCUGUAACUUAACAUGUAAUAUAUAAAAUAAAACAUCAGUAAUAAGUAACAGAAAUAGUAUUACACUGCUGUUAAGCAGCCAGAAGAUGUCACCAUUGAACAGAGGUAAAAUCCUGUGCCGUUUUUUACCUCAGGAUACUUUUUUUUUUUUAAAAAAAGAGCCAUGUUGCGGAUGGAUCAAGGUCAGAAGGGCCACCAACAUUGGCUGUACACACUGAUCAUCUCCUGCACUAGCCAAGAAGUGGGUUGGACUUUUUAAAGCCCCUUCUUUCCAGAGUGAGCAGCAGAGAUGGUGGCAGAACCUCAGCUGCUGGCUUCCAUUUUCCAGCUUUGACCACAGGGAUGGGCAAAAGCAACGAAAGUGCUUUUAUUGCUAGAGGAGAAAAGAAGUAUGGGAUCAGCUAUCAUGAGAGACAGAUACUGAGCCUUCAGGCCACCAGCUGCCUAUUCCAUUUGCUUACAGACUUGGACUAAUUUCUGUGAGGCAAUGAAGUGCAUACCAGAAAUGCAGGUUUGCUCAGAUAAAGUGCUUUGACACUCUAACACAAGCAUUUUUGUAAUGGGCUUUUUGCAGUUAGGAAAGUAGUGGGGAAAUGCUCUGAAAAGUGUGGGGUGAAUACUUUUAAUAGGAAGAUGUAUAAAUACCCCACAAGAAAACUGGGUUGAAUGCUCGAUAAACAGGCCUAAGUUGUAAGGAAGAACGAUGGGACAGCAACCUAAAAGAUUUGGCUCAAUGGGCAAUCAUUGCCUUCCAGAGUCCACUGUGCGACUGGUCUUCUCUCAAUGCUCCAUAUCCUGUUUUCCAUACCACAUCGUGAAAUGCGGACGUAAUAAUAAAGAAGAGCGCCUCCUUAAUGAAGGGGCUUGAUUUCCAGAUAAUCUUGAACCUGCCCCCUGUCUUUUGACUACUUAGGACUUGGUUGUCAUUAUAAUCCCUUUCUUCUUCUUCUUUGUCCUAAACUAUUCACAGAAUUUCCAACGUAUUGCUCUGCAACGUAACAGAUCGGGUAUCAUUUUGGUUUGUUGUCACAGAUUCAUCCACAAACGCAACGAUUCCUAGGAGUGAUGUGGAAGCUGCCAUAAGGUACUGCAUCAGCCAUUUAUAUCUUCUCACAAUGUUGUUCUAACCAAACAUAUUGUCUGUUAGUAAGCAUUUGCAUUGCAUUGCUGGUCAGAAUUGCUUAGAGUUGCAUUUAUAGCUCUCCAGUAAUUCAAUCUUGUAGGCUAGAUUCCAAGAGAGUGGCGUGUUCAAAUCUACACAGUGGGCUUCAUACUAGAACAGGGUUUUAAACCUGUGUUCUCUAACUCCAUGCCCGAGACUUAUUUUUUCACAUAAAUUUCCUGUUAUCAAUGCUUUUAAUCACUUUGAGCUAUAUAUACAGUAUAUCCCUUUCAUUUGUAUCAUUGUAAGAAUUGCUUUCUGCUUUUAUAAAGCACAGUGGAAAUGUACUUUUCUCUCACUUCCUCGUUUUUUAAAAUAAUCACAUUUAAACUGGGAAGUGAGGAGCUUAUUUGAGGGGAGAAGAAUAGCCCAUUUUGGGACCUCCAUUAUAUGUUAGGAAUUUGUUAAUGAUAGUGCCUUUAAAUGGGGAAUCCAGGAAGGUUUCAGUGGAAAAUAGUUGUCAUGGGUGUUUUUAACUUGCUGUUGAACUUAGGUUGUUGUUUUUUAAUCAUGUUAUCUUUUAGAAGUGUAUUGCCUCUGGUUUGAAUAAAUGCGAAUGUGGCAAUGAAUGAGACUGCAUUCUUCGAGAAAGAUUAACUUUUAAGCUUAUGAGCAGAUUAAACUGUUUUCUACAGAGAAACUCAAAAUCAACUUCACUGCAAUUGUGUGUGUCUGGGGCGGGGAGGAGAUUACUGAUUUGUUGGACCAUGGUAAGAAUAGUGGAAUGCACUUUGUUUUGGCUGCUCUUCAAAGCAUUUACACUCUGCAUAAGCAGAUUUACCAUAAGUCUCUUUCUUCAUCCGCGGCAUGCAGUUCUAGCACCUUGGACUUAAAAAUGUUGGUCAUCAUGAUAGGAGAUGUUGUUGAAAUGUUUGUUAUGGUACCAUCAGUCCCUAUUGCUAAAGGACAGCUAAAAACUAAUAAAAAUGCUGCCCAGUGCUGAAUUCAGGGUGGGGGGGAGAGAGAAUAGGGUUUUAAUGAAAUACACAAGCUCCACGCCCCAAUUUUAACCAAGCCAUGGUCUCCCAGAACACUGCAAAACCAGUGUGAUUUGGUAAGAAAGACAAGGUCCUUAUAAUUCAAGCACCGCUCCUUUUAUACGGCACCACAACAGCCCAAAGCAGACUGAAGGGCUGAAGUGAAGAGGAGAGGAAGGGGAAAUCCCAUCCCAUCCAGUGGCAUAACGUUGGAUCUUGCCCAAAACGUUUACUUGUAUAACAGUUGUUAUAAAAUGCAUCACUAUUUGUGCAGUCGCCAACAUUUAUAAUGUGAAAACAAAACAAUUAAUGAAAGGGGGAAAUGAACAAGAUGUUCUACUUCGUAUCUCUUUUUAAGGAAGAACAAAAACCGAAUCAACAGUGCCUUUUUACUGAAUGAUGAUGCGCUGCAGUUUCUGGAAAUCUCGUCCACUUUAGCACCACCAGUUGAAGGCUCUGUGCCGACGUGGCUGAUUGUGUUUGGUGUUGUCCUUUGCAUCAUUACGGUUGGAAUUGCUUACCUUAUAAUAUCCGGAAUCCAUCAACGCAAGAGGUGAACGCUGCAUGUUUUUAUGUUUUUGCGUUGGCUUUUAAGGGAACUGUAGGUUUUGGGAGGGAGCGGUUGCUUAAAAUGUCUGUCCAUCCCUUCACCGAGACUUCAAGGGACCUAACAGCAAUAAUUCAGAAACAAAGAGGUCAAUUUUAAAAAAUUCAAAAACAGAACUUCCAAAUUUAUGGAUUUCCCCAAAAAGUCAAAGGAGAACAAUACAUCCACGAACUAGUCACAUCAUAAACACGCCAGGAGAAAACAGUUUCAUUGAGCACUUAGCACUUGAAUACUGUGAGGCAGGGGGUCAGCCAGAUCUACUGAGAAGAGUUUGGAUUUGAUAUCCUGCUUUAUCACUACCCGAAGGAGUCUCAAAGCGGCUAACAUUCUCCUUUCCCUUCCUCCCCCACAACAAACACUCUGUGAGGUGAGUGGGGCUGAGAGACUUCAAAGAAGUGUGAGUAGCCCAAGGUCACCCAGCAGCUGCAUGUGGAGGAGCGGGGACACGAACCCGGUUCACCAGAUUACGAGUCUACUGCUCUUAACCACUACACAACACUGGCUCUCCACACUGAGGCAGUGGGUUCCAUAGCCUAGGUACCAUAAUGGAGAAGAGCUCUCCCAUGUACAAACCAGCUAUUCCUUUGAAGGUGGUGGGACACAGAAUUGGAUCACCGAUCUGAGCUGGAGAGCAAGAUAUACAGGAGGAGGCUGGUCAAAUUUGUCGGCCAAAUUCAUAACAAAAAGAGAAAAGUCAUAUUUAACUACCAGUUUCUAUUUGGGGGCAGGGGAGUGCAGCCUUGCUCCUGCUUCUUGAUCUCCCUGCAACUUUCAAUACCUGGCCCCUGGCAGCUAAGUUCUAGGGUGCCACAGGGUGUUAUUUUCUCCCCAGUGCUAUUUCAUAUCCAUAUGAAGUUGCUGGGAGAUUUGGAGCAAGGUAUGAGUACAGUGAUUCAAGAGAGGCCAUACUGAAUCAGUGCCUGGAUGCAGUGGUGGGAUGGAUGAGAGAAAAUAAGCCGAGCGUGAAUCCUGGCAAGGAGGCGGCAGUGUAGGCGAGUGGUUCCAGUGUCUGAUCAAUUGGUCCAUUGCCUGCCCUGAAUGGGGUUGCACCUCCCCUGAAGGAGCAGGUAUGCAGUCUGGUAGUGAUCCUAGAUCCAGCUUUGUCACGGGAGGCCCAGGCAGCCUGCGAGGCUAGAAGCAUCUUUUACCAGCAGCAAAUGGUAUGACAACUUCCUAGACAGGGAGUAGCUCAGGCAUUGGUGACUUCAGGGUUGGAUUUAAGUCUCUGCUCUCUUAUGUGGGGCUUCCCUUGUGCCUGACCCAAAGUCUACAGUUAGUGAAGGAUGCUACAGCACAGCUGCUGACAGGUGUGAGACCUUGCCAACAUGCAACAUCUCUGCACAGAGAUCUGCACUGGCUGCCAAUCUGUUACCGGGCCAAGUUCAAGGUGUUACAAUUUGGAACCAGUUUCCUUGUGGGUCCACCUUACUCCAUAGAUGCCCACCUGACACCUCACAGAAGACUACAGGGAAUGUGAAUGUGGCCUCAAUGGGUGAAUGGCUUUGGGCCAUUUGAAGGAGACAUGAAAGUGAAGGCAGUCAUGUGAACAAGGCCUCUGAAGAUGAGGUUGUAGAAGAUCCAUGUUGCAAUCAAGGAAAGCACUUUCCAUUUAUUUUUAGCAAAGCUCACCACCCAAGGAUUUGCAGCAGAACUAUAUACUUUUAUGGCAGUGAGUAUUGCUGAUAUGCAAGUCCUGACUGAGCUUGUUCCCGCAUGUAUUAUGGAGCUGAAGAAAUGCUGUGGCUGACCUUUGAGUCUGUUAUCUCCCCAUAGCAGCUGAUGCUUCAUCAUAUAUGGCAGGGGCAGGUCAUUCCCUGUGAAUCAGUGGUCGGCAAGGUCAGAAAUCAAUCUGGAAAUGACCCAAGAAGUGAUUGCUAAACUGUUCCUUCUAGUCAAGAUGGGAAAAAACAGGGAAAUUUUGGUAGGACAGUCAUUGCUUUUAUCGCAAUUAUAUCAGAGGUGGGGUCAUCUAGAAAAUAAGUGGUGUGAAAGGCAGAAUAAACAGAUGAAAAAACUGGUUGUGACAGAAGCUGUAGGGAAAUUUCUAACUGUAAAUGAGGUUCAUUUUUGUUGACGAUGAGAGGUUGAUGAAUGUGCUAGAAUCUCAGUUGUUAAAACAGUAUUUGCCAACCUGGUGCCUUCCAGCAUGCUGGAUUGAGUUGGCGAAGGCUAUCUUAAACACAGACAAUGUCUUGCUGCUGGAUUACACCACACUUACUCAGAGAUCUCCUAAGAUUGCCUUUAGCCAAGAGCUGCGUCAAAUUGCAUUGGUAAAGAAAAAGCACAAGGAAUAUGCUUUUCUCCUGUGCAGCCCUCACAGGGCAGACUGAAGAUCUGCAUUUAUCAGGGGGUGAGCUUUGCAUCUUUUGGGGGUGUGGGAAGAGGGCUUGCUCACACAGCCAGUAACACUCUAGGCUCGCCUGCAGCCCAGAUGCUACCAAUCCACUGUACUAAAAUGGGUUUAGGUACAUUGAAAUUCUGUUUCCCAAGUCAUGCUUCUCGAGGACAAUAACUUUCUCCUCUACUCUUUUCAGACGUAAUAAGGCACCUGAAGAAACAGAAGGUUUAGACGAUAAAUGUGAAGCAACCGUAACAAUGGAAAAUGGAAUUCCCUGCGAUAGCUUGGAUUUAAAAGCUGGCCGUAUUAAUGGAGUCUAUGCAGCAGCAGAUGACGAGCGGUUCACACCCUUAUGAACCGUCUCAGUUUCUCUCGUGCCCUUCCUUGGGACUCUGCCCUCGUUUUAUCUAGCAAUUAAUGAUGAUUAUCGGAGAACAAGAAGAGAAAAAACUUGUGUACUUUGCCUUGUUUUCAUUUGGCGAUUCCUUUUAUAAGUGUGUUCAUACAUACACACCCAAAUUCAGUUCUCAUCGAAAGGUUCAUGGAAAGAGCAAAUCUGACUCCCAAUGCUUAAUGUUCUUUGGACCUAUCAGAGAUUUAAGGACAAAGGCCAUUUCACAGCAGGAACAGUAUUAGUAGGGACAGAUGGAUCACUCUGUUCCUGCUCUCUAUAACUUUUGCAUAUUUAAUCCAUAAACUUGUUCCAUCCUGCAUUCAAUUAAAAGGAAAAAACCCCAAAUGCCUGCACUUUUUAAAAUUUAAAUAUUUUUGAAAGUAUUUCCACAAAAUUAUUCUUCCAAAAACACAUUUCAAAAUGUGUAAUUCUGGGAUCCAGGAACAACCAUUUGGGUUUCUCACAGGACCCCUGUGUAGCAUUUAAAAAUGCAUUUUUGUAUGUUUUGAGCCAAAAGCGACAUCACAAGAUGCAGAGAAGUGUGAAAGCCGAAGAAUAACUGCGUAAGGAUCUCUAUACAUUAAUGAGGGAGGUUCAGAUCACCAAAAUCAAAUUCUUCAAGCAUCCUGACUUGUUACUAGUAUUUAAAUUAUUAGUUUUCCCUUUGCCUUUUACUUUCCGAGUGAGGGGAAAGAGUGAAUUGCUUUGAUCCAAUAUACUAACCAACAUGUGCGCUUCAUUGAGGCCCAUGAGAACAGAGGAUGGGGGAAAUGGGUGAGAAAGGAACAUUUGCUGCCCUUAGGGGUUUACGGAUGAUCACUUUUCAGAGACAUGUUGUGCUCUUGUCACUGUCAUUGUGCCUUUGAAGCAAGUUCAUGAUCUCUUGUGGAACGGCUUUUGAAGAUUUCUGCAGGGCUUUAAGAAGUAAAGAUGGGGGGGGGGGACUAGCUUCCUGCUCCAUCACUGCUGCCAAUAGAUGUGCAUAGUUUGGUGUAACUGUUAUGACCACCUCUGAGCUAACACUCAGAGGUUGAACAGAGGGAAGACGAUUAAGAGGAGCUCAUAGGUUGAACCGCAGGGAGCAAGAGGAAGCAACAAUAGUGCAUGUACUGAUGUUCAGAGGAAGGAAGCAUGCUCAAUAGCAGGCCUGUACAUGCGUCCUUCUCAACUUGCAUGCAUCUCUGCCCCUUCAUACAAACUGUGCUUACUGUCUUUUCCAGCUGUAAACCCCAUUGAGCAAGGGGGUGUAUGUCUUUUCCAUACAUGCUGUGGUGUGCUUUUUUAGACAAUAAAAUACACUAUUGCUGAAAGC